AUGGGCAAGUCAAUUCUCCUCAUCAACGGUCCCAACCUCAACCUCCUGGGUACCCGCGAACCCCACAUCUACGGCUCAACCACCCUCCCCGACGUCGAGUCCAACGCCAAAGCCCAGGCUACCUCCCUCGGUGCUACACUAGAGUCCUUCCAGAGCAACCACGAGGGUGCGAUCGUUGAUCGUAUCCAGGAGGCUCGUGGAAAGGUUGAUGGCAUCAUUAUCAACCCUGGUGCUUACACACACACUUCCGUGGCGAUCCGGGAUGCGCUGCUCGGUGUUGCCAUUCCUUUUAUCGAGUUACAUGUGAGCAAUGUGCACGCUCGUGAGCCUUUCAGACACCACUCUUACUUCAGUGAUAAGGCUGCGGCUAUUAUCGUUGGCUUGGGUGUUUAUGGUUAUAAGGUUGCUGUUGAGCAUGUUGCUCUUAACUUUAAGGAGUUGGAGAAGGCUACUCUGUAG